AUGAUUGAUCUGUUAGAAUGUAUUAUAAAUAUAAUUUGGAAAGUGACUAGGUUUAUUGGUGAUGAUGGUCUAACAACAAUAUGUGGAAUAUUAUCUCAGUUGGCAAUGAAUGAUUUUUAUGCUCAAAUUAUUGCACGUGAAAAUGGUAUUCAUUUGAUUGGUUCACAAUUAUUAAUUAAAUAUCCUAGAAAUUGUGAAAAACAAUGUGUGAUAACUGAGUCCGAAUUAAAACAAACUACUAACAUUGAAUAUCAACAGACAAUAGAUAUAAAUGAAUUCGAUUUAGGGAAUAUUCACUAUUUAUAUGCAAAUGCGUUUUGUGCAUUGCGCAGGCUAUUUAUAUCGGAACAUAAUCGACGUUUAAUUAAAUCAUUUUUGCCAUCAUCUUUAUUAUCGGAAUUAAUUGACAUUGACAUCACGUCAACAGUUAUAAAUGAUUAUGCAAAAUUAGUGGAACUACUUGAAUCAUUGAAUGAUGAAGAAUACAAUGCACUUAUUAAUGGUAUCAUUUCUUGUGAUAUAAAUCGUACACCAAUUUACAAUAUACGUGAUUAUUCAAUAUUAGAAUUACUUGGAACUGGUGCAUAUGGUAAAGUUUUUAAAGCGUCAACGCAUAAACUGCCUCGGAAUAUUUAUGCCAUUAAAAAGGUACUUCUUGUUAAUAAUGAUAUGUGA